AUGCCGCCUGACAAGCCUCAACCGCUCCCUUUGGGGGAGAGUGCGAGUACCGCGUAAGUGUUGAGCCACCACGCGUCCGACCUCGCCUUCUAACCGUGGAACAGACCUUCAACAGCAAAACCUUCUACUGGAGCAGAAGUACCUGCUGCUCGACAGGUGAAGGAAUGCUUCAAGUAUAACGGUGGAUGGAUUUGGAAAGGCUUUGAAUGUCCUCGAGAACGCGAUGGUGAAGUUUGUCCAUAUAACCACAACCCAGCUCUAAGAGAAGUGGCCAUCGCAAAGAGGAAGAAGCAAGCAGAAGAGAAAAAAGCCGCGAAAGCAGCGCUCGCUGCAUCAUCUGACACCAUUGAGAAGACUUCGAACCCAAAGCAAAAUGACGUCCAGUCUCUCAAGCCUAGUCCAUCUGGUGAAGCUCUGAAGAAUGGACCCGAAAAACCGAAUGUCUCUAGUGAGUCACCAUCAUCAGCUCAAUCGACUCUCCAGGAACAACAAAAUUCAACGUCCACCAAAGCCGUCAAUCCCAAUAGGAUCAAAAAGAAGUGUCGAACAUACUCUAAGUAUGGUUCAUGUCGAAAGGUCGGAUGCGUCUAUCGCCAUGUCGAGCCCCUCAACCCACAAAAACCCAAGGAAGAUACAAUCAAGGGCGCAGAUGUCAAGCUGUCAUUAGUCUCAUCACAAUCCAAAGAUGAGCCCAAGCCUACCGUACCUACACAGAAUGGCUUUAGCCCAAUGUUGCCUCAACCGACUAUUGGUACGCCGCCGCCCCGACUACAAAAUCAGUUUCUACCUCUUCUACCAAUUCGUACACCAUCUCCCCAGGCGCAGAAGGAAAUAGAAAAGUUCAGACCUCAACCACCGAUUGGCACGCCACCUCCUCGAAAUACUUCCCCCGAAAAUAAGCAAGGAGAUGGUAGGAUGCCUUCUUUAGCUUCGAUUCUUGGCUCCGUUGUGGCAAAGAAAAAGAAGACGAGUGAUGAGCAACCGAUUGUCCACAUCCCUAUUCACACUUUGUUGUCUGAUUCCCAACCACUGGAUAGAUCAAUUAGACUUAAACCAAAUGAGGUCUGCAGAAUGUUCCAGCAGACCGGGGCUUGUAAAUACGGCACACGCUGCUAUCGUUCUCACGAGAACCCCACUCCUCAAUCCGGAUGCUCUUCUCUCCAAAUACCCCCAGAAUCUAUUGUAGCAGGUCUGGAAAAUAUCAACCACGGAGUUUCGGCACUUAGCGGUACAGUUGAUAUUCAUAGCCAUCAGAGCGAGCAAUUGGCAGUUGAGCCCAUAAAGAAGGAGAAUGUUGUGCCAGCACCAAAUAAUAAUCGAACAUCCACUCCAUUUCCUAACGUUUCGGAUGUUCUACAAAAACAAACCACCCCUAUCAACGACCAAUUUUGUCAUGUCUUUGCAAACACUGGCCAAUGCAAGUUUGGGACUAAUUGUCACUAUCCACAUGUCAAUCGUGCUGAGAAUGAUCGACUUGAGCGACUUAAGAAAGUUCAGGACCUAUUUUCAAGUCCGCCAUCAAGUACGAUGACUCCGCAAGACAUCAGUCAGGAGUUUUCUCAGUCAUCAGAUAAUACUGCUAUCAAAAAUCCGCAAGAUGUCAGACAAGAGUUCUCGCAAGCGCCCAGCAAGUCAUUUGUGGGAGCCUCGCAGGAUAUUAGGCUAGAGUUUGCUCAGUCACUUAGCAAGCCUUUGAUGAGAGGUUCGCAAAAAUUCUCUGAAUCAGUUGACACAGCCUUUAUGAGAGGUUCGCAAGGUGCCAGACAAGAGAUCCAAGUAUAUGCCAGCAAACUCACGACCCGAAGCUCGUCGAAUAUUGACUCAGAGGCAUUGCUCGCGGAAAACCCCAAGCCGGAGUUUGCAGGCCAGAAUUCUAUGAAUUCAAGCUCUUCGCAAAUACACACCGCCAAACCGAGUUCCUCGAAUCCAAGCAUUGCUACAGGGCUAUGUAACUUUUACUCUCGGACAGGCUGGUGUAGACAUGGUGAAAAGUGUAAAUAUCUGCAUGUUGAUCGUCAACUGACCGUCCCUGUUACGAAGGAUGAGAAUGCUCAGCAAGUUACAACAAGACCUUUGAGCUUUCAGUCCAAGAUCUCGCACCAGAAAGUCUCGACACAAGAUACCACUCACCCACCUAAAGCAGGCAACCUAGCCCAGCCAUUCAAAUACAAGCGAUAUCCCCAACACGAGGCACUGGGACAGUUAGAUGGAACCAUGGACCAACCUGCUGCUCAACAUUUGGAAGAACAACCAUCACAGAGGACCCUCGAAAUUCAGGAACCCAGAAGAGUAGCGCCGAGACCACUAAUCGAGCAAAUAAUAAGCGCAAUCGAAAAAAGCUCGCACCCAAAAGAGCGAAAAAACAAACACAUACAAUGGUGGAAGGCUGAUCCUCUGGGGGAACCCUCCGUAACACCAGGUGCCUCGAUGAAAGUUGAACAUUCAUCUUGGUCUGAUGUUGCCAAGCUUCCGAGCCAGAGAGCGUCUUCUUCUAAAGCCAAUCCUGGACCUGUCUCCGUCGUCAAGAAAGCCCCACUCUUUGAAGUUCCAGUGGUCACUUACAAAAUUGGUAUGAAGCACGUUGAGGCCUUGCCUUUUGAUCCAAAUGUAAGGACUACCGACAUGGAUUGUAGUGGCUCAUGGGAUCAGGGUGGUGCUACUUUGGUUAGAUGGUUGGCGAGGAACUUGGAUCGGGAGACAUGCGCGAAAGUGUAUCAAAAAUACCGAAACUAUUUGGAGCAAGGCGUUAUCCCAUUGAAUGCUUUGAAGAAGAAGCGUCACGCCCAUUCAAAAGUCAGCUUUCCCCAGUUUUCACGACUCCCACGUGAGCUUCAGACCCUGGUAUGGAAAUAUGCUUUAUGCCACAAGAACGACGCUGUGAUUCGUACGGAAUUACGGCAGCUUAGAUACGAGAAGAAACUUGAAGUCUUCCCCCUUAGUACACCACCACUCCUUCAUACUUGCCGCUUUUCUCGCGAGAUCGCCAGGCACGAUGGGAAGUUACAACAUUAUAGAAAGCGUUUUGGAGUCACUCCACGGGUUUACUUCAACUUCGAAUUCGACCGUCUCGUCAUCCGCAAUGCGGAAGCAACUACCUUUCUUGAUCUUUGUAACAAGAUUUCUGGCUCAGAGUUAAGGCGUAUCCAAUAUCUCUCUGUUCCGAUGACCCACUGGAUGUAUAACGAGGAGGACUAUUUCAAAGAGGGCAUAGUACGAUUACGUGGUCUUCAAGAGCUGACGCUAUAUGUUGGUAGCAACGAAUGCGAUCGCCUGAUCUGGGAGCCCAAAAACAUCCGAGAACGACUGGAGAAGAAGGUCGAGAAGCUUUGGCAAAAGUUCUAUCCUGCGGCUACACCGCCCCGGGUCUUGCAGGAAAUGAUUGAUCCUAUUACCGCGUACCAUUUGGGAAUCACUGAUCCUAGGUUCUCUGGAACUAAGGUUGAGAGAGAGACUUGGGGACGUAAACAAGCGAGGUUGGAUCAUGAGGAAAAACUAUACGCCGAGGGGAAGCUUCUUAGGCCGAAGGAGUGUGAGAUUGGGAGUUCAAGAGGUAUUUGGGAGGGAUUGAAAGAUUGA